AUUAUUAUUAUUAUUGAAUCGGAGGUCUAGGGUUCGACUCAAGAAGAUCACACCAUGCGUUGGUCGUCCAGAUGAACAACUUUAGGGAUUCUGUAAUUAAUCGAGCCCAGUUAUUAUUGGGCUUCGGGCGAUGAAUCUAAGGCUAUUAAUUAGAUUGCAGCGUUCAUGCCGUUGCUUAUUUUCGGUCCCCAAAUCAGCAAAUCGUGAAGAAUCAAUAGAUUACGGUGAAGCAAUCGCAGUGGAAGUACGCAGCGGGAAAUGGCAGCCCAAAAGAACUCCAAAAAGACUAAUCUGUUGGAUAGUCACUCCGUCAAACACGCUCUUGAUGAGUCUGUCACCGAGAUCGUUAAUAGCAAGGGAUAUCCAGAAGAUUUCAGAACGAGUAACGUUCGGCUGCUCAUUGGGAUUAUCAUCAUUGUUGUCGCCCUUUUUGCUCAGUUUUACAACAAGAAGUUUCCCGAGAAUCGGAAUUUCCUCGUCGGGUGCAUCGUUUUGUAUGUGUUAUUGAAUGGUAUGUUGCAACUGAUUGUUCAUAUCAAGGAAAAGAAUGUCAUCAUGUUCACAUAUCCUCCUCCAACUUCUUUCAAUUCUACUGGAUUAGUUGUAACGUCUAAGCUGCCAAGAUUCUCGGAUAUGUACUCUCUCAUCAUAACAAGUGCAGAUCCACAGUCGGUAUCAGCAAAACCUCCGGUUCAUUUCACCAAAAGCGUUACUAAGUGGUUCACCAAGGAUGGAGUUUUUUCCGAGGGCAUUUUUCAGAAUGAUGUUGUAGGACUAUUAGACGAAUACGCAAAAGAAAGCAACAAACUGAAAUAGAGUAAGUACUCGCGGAUUCAACUUAUACAUUUCUUUAAGCUAUUGAUUGCAUAGAGAAACUGUAAUUCUCACCUGUGAUGGUAUAAUAAAGACUUCUCAUAGAACCUUUGCGACUAGGCAGGUGCAUUGUAUUCGAGAUUGAUUCGACUCGGGGAGUAAUAGUUCUUCCUGAGCUCUAAAAUUAUGUAAGUCUUCAGUUGAGUUCAAAUGAUAAUUAUUUUUAGAGUUC